AUGUGGGUCUUUUCUCGCGCGCUAAAGCGACACAAAAACCGCAAGAAGCGCGGACACGUCUCCGCCGGUCACGGUAGAAUUGGCAAGCAUCGCAAACAUCCGUCCGGUCGCGGUAUGGCGGGUGGUCAGCACCACCACCGAAUCCUCAUGGAUAAAUAUCACCCGGGUUAUUUUGGUAAAGUCGGCAUGCGCCACUUCCACAAACUCAAGAACCAUUACGUUCGACCGGUGAUUAACUUGGAUAAAGUGUGGACGUUGAUUGGAGAGGAAAAGAGAGAGGCGUGCGCGAAGGACACGAGCAAGGCACCGUGCAUUGACUUGACGGAGUUUGGAAUCUUUAAGCUUUUAGGGAAAGGGCAGUUGCCGAAUCAGCCGAUUGUGAUCAAGUGCAGAUACGUCUCGAAAUUAGCCGAGACGAAAAUCAAGGCGGUUGGCGGCGCCGUGCAUUUGGUUGCGUAA